UUAAGGAAGUGUAACGAAACAUUGUGGCUGCUGUUCGAUUGCGGCUACAAUAUUUUGUAAUUCGUCUUUUUUUUUAAUUUAUUUAUUGUUGCCAUAAUAUUGGUUGUUGUCCUGCGUUAGAGUUGCCCUGUGUUUGAAUACAGGUAAAACAACAAUCUUGCCUUGCAUUACCGACUGAAAGGUUAUUCGGGAUGGGGAGUGGAAACGGAAAAUUUGGGGGCUCAGGACACGGCACCUCUUCAGCAGCUGAAUCUGGGGGCUCAGGACACGGCACCUCUCCAGCAGCUGUAUCUGGGGGCUCAGCUGACGGCACCUCUUCAGCAGCUGAAUCUGGGGGCUCAGGACACGGCACCUCUUCAGCUCCAGGGGUCAGCAUUUCCAGUUGCCAUGGAAGCCAUGUUUCUGCGCCAGUGCUGUCAAACACCAGUGUGCAGGGAGAUGUGACCAUAUCAUACAGCUGCUCAGGUGGUGUUCCCUCUGCUCCUACGGCAACACCUACAUCUGACACAGAUCCCAAGUCAGUUAUCCAGGCCUACAAGGAGUCCAUUCUCCCUGCGUAUCGAAUAAUGCUGGAGUAUAACUCCCUCCUUGGUGAAUGUGUGCUGCUACCGGAUCGCUACACACAACUGCUGAUGGUGCAGAAGCACCGACCGCCGAAAGAGAGGGUGGAGGAGAUCUCAUCCAGAGGACAUGCCCUCCAUCAGGUCCUCUCCACCAGAGAAAGGAAGGGGUACCAGAGCAUCAGUGUGGAGCAGUUCUUCAGCCGCAUGGACUCGGAGGGGGACAUCCCAAGGGCGGUCAUUCUCCAGGGCCACUCAGGGAUGGGCAAGUCCUUCACUGCCUGCAAGAUCAUGCAUGACUGGGCGCUGGGGACUCUGUUUGAGGGCACCUUCGAUGUUGUGUUUCACUUGGAGUGUAAGGAGCUCAACCUCUGUACGCAGGAGAAGAGCCUGAUGGAGCUCCUCGGUUUGUCAAGUUUUCAACCAGCCAUGGAGGAAGUGCUCACCAAAUCACCUCAGAAAGUCCUCUUCCUGGUCGAUGGCUUUGAUGAACUCAGGUUCUCCUUGGAGGUGCCCCGCUUGUCAUUACCCAGUGAUGCAUUCACCAGGGCUCCAGUGGAGGCCACACUGAGUGCCCUUCUCCGGGGGCACAUCCUGUCCACAUCUUCCCUGCUGGUCACCUCCAGAUCCACGGCCUCAGACAGGCUUAGCACGCUGCUCAAACAGCCCCGGCGCUUCACUGAGAUCCUGGGUUUCUCUGAGGAGGGGGUACAGGAGUACCUCCAGAGGUUCUUCAAGGAUGAACAGCUUUAUACUCGGGCUUAUGACAGCAUAAGUUCAAAUGAAUCACUGUUUGCAGCCUGCUUCAUCCCCAUCAUCUGUUGGAUCGUCUGCACAGUUUUGAGAGAGCAUUUUAAAGAGGCAAGAGAAGAUCAGAUGGAGCUGACUACAACCACCUCCGUAUUUGUACACUUUGUGUCCACUUUGCUAGAGCAUCACUGCCAGGGUUUGAGUCAGCCCAUCCCCACUCUGCUGAGGAGCCUGGGCCAGCUGGCAGAGAGGGGGAUACUGGAGCAGCAGGUCCUCUAUGAAAAGAAGCAGGUUGAAGAGAUGGUUUCAGAUCCAGCCAGUGUACCCUUCCUAUGCAAGUUCCUGCAGAAGAAGACAGUAGGAAAGAAAACACUGUUCAGCUUCAUGCAUCUCAGCUUCCAGGAGUUUUUCACCGCUCUCUACUAUGCCACGGCAGAUGAAGAGGAGUGUCGGAGUAGAGUGGAGACCCUGCUCCAGAGAGCAGCUGAUGGGGACCGACACCUCCUUCCAGUCAUCCAGUUUCUCUUUGGCCUCUCCAAUACAGAGCUGGGCAGCACACUGAGAGAGAGUCUUGGUCGGUCCAUCUCUCCUACCAUGCACACCCAGCUUGAAGAAUGGCUUCUUCAGCUCAACACUGACAUUUCUGAACUCCAUAAGGAUGUUUACACAUUUCCCCUCGAAGAGGACAGAAGCAUGGAUGUUUUCAGCUGUUUGUAUGAACAUCAUGAGGAAGAGUUGAUGAGGAAAGCCAUGGAGGCUUGGGAGUGUUUUCGACCUCUUCAUAUCGCCCUGAGCAAAACCGACUGCUGGGUGCUGCGGUACUGCUUUCAGUACUGUGCUGAGAUCAGACGUGUGCAUCUCACCAACUGCAACAUAACGGCAGAGAAGUUGAGGAUGCUGAAGCCAAUGAUAAGCAGGUGUAAUGAGCUAGAAUUACAAGUGGUGGAUCUCUCUGAUGACACGGUUGAAGAUUUUAUAACCUGUGUAGGGCAAGGAACAGCAGUCCGUGAUCUAAUUGUAGCCCAGGGCAGCUGUAAUGAGAGAGCAUACACACCAGAUAUUGAAAGGUUGGUGAAAAGCAAACUCAAAGAUGAGGGUGUUCGGGACAUUCUGGCCUGCCUCUCCAAGCAGAAGUGUGUGGGCUCCUUUGAGCUUGAAGCACUUUGCGUUACACUGAGCACAGUGGAAGUCCUCUUUGACCUUCUCCAGCGGAAAACAUUUGACAUCAGCGUGAGUUUUCUUGCAGGAUUACUGACUGACACUAAGGACGCUGAUCUAAGGGUUUACCUGCUCAAGAUUGAGAAAAAUUUGUACCCUGAGUUUUCAGAUGAUACCAUAGAAUGUCUCCAGGUGUCUGCUGAGAUUGAGUUGAGGGUCCUGGAUUCAGAGAGGCACGCCCAAAAGAGGCUGAAAGGCUUCACUCUCAGACUGUCUCCGGAUGCACAAAUCGCCACCAUCGACUGGACAAGGUUUUUCCAUUGUUGUGUAGCAGACAAUCUGGAGACUGCUGCGCAUGUAGAUGCUCUGAUGUCCUGCCUGCACAGUAUGCCCCGUCUGGAGGAGGUGUGGACAAGUGUGGGUCAUCUGGACGAGUUCUGGACCACUGGGUUCCUUCAGCUAUUCCUGAUCUGUCCUCAUCUCAAACGCAUCAGCUGUUCACUGAACACGUCCGACAGAGAGUACUCUCAAGACCUGUGUGUGGAAAACUACAAGGGGAUGCUGAGGUUGUCUGUGAAGAACUGCAAUCGUCAUCUCCUGUUUUUCGGGAGUGAAUCCAAGAGCCGCACUCACUUGCCCCUCACCUGCGUCAUCCUCCUCCUCCCCCCCUCCCCUGAGCUGCAACACCUGGACUGGACACCAUUCUUCAGCUGCUGCCUCGCACUGGAGGGCCUCACAGACUGUCCAGACCCUGACGAGUGUGUGAAGGACCUGCUGUCUUUCCUGUGCUGUGUCCCAGAUCUCCAUGGGGUGAGGCUGGACCUGUUCUCCCUGACCGAGAGAUUGGCCUCUGGAGCUGUCUCUCUUAUCCAGAGCCAACCCACACUCUCCACACUCAGGCUGUAUUGUGGGGAGCAGGGCUAUGGCCCUCUGCCUGAGGAGGGAGUUCACAUCCUCCAGCAGUCUCAACAACUCCUAAGAGGCGUUCUCUCUCUCACAGGGUUGCGUUGCAGAGUGCCUGCUGACCAGUGUCUGCACCACACAGAGCAGAAGCACGAUAUGGAGAGAGUGGAGCUCAAGUUCACCGGGGACUCCGUCCAGGAGAGUGAGAUUCAUUUCUUACAGUUUGAUGACCGUGACCCUCUUCAGCUGAGGCAAUAAUGCCCACGAGGAAGUGCUGGAGAGUGGGCAGGAAGUGAGAGAGAGGUGGGGUGUGUUCAGGAAAUGACCCCAAGCUGGAUUUGAACCUGGGUCCCCAUGGGCACUUGGCUAUUAUGUGGUGAUGCUGGACUGU